GUUGAAACCUGCGCGUUGCGCCCCCACCUCUUCUUUCCAGCGAGUGGGUCGCAGUGUUCACUCGUAGGUGAAAGCUUCUGAGCCUGUUCUCCCUCUCGCUGUGAGGACAUCCCGGUCCCGCAUCGCCCUGAGCUUCCCGGAGUCUGGCGCGUGGCGAGCCGCGGCGACCUGUCCCAGGAGUCCUAGAACCCUGGAUCCCUGUAUCACCUCGAUUCUGCUGAGACAUCAACAGGAACCUUUACCUUCAUAGUCCCCAUGUGAUUUCCUGGGCUCUGCAAAUGACUCCCUCUGUAGUCCUCAGUAUCUCAGGCUCCCCACUGCUGCUUAGUGCAGGGGAUUCACCAGGAGGACAGUGUACUCCAAAGAAGUGUGGAGAAAGUCUCUGCUUGGACUUCCUGAAGGAGUUUCAUAUCUCUGGAUCACCAUCUCACUGCAGUGGGCAGCAGCGGACCCACCUUUCCACACUGAUUAACCUUUAAAUAUUCCUGUUACAUAAGGCGGAAGUCUGGAAGAGAAGAAAAAAGAAAGAAAAAGAGUCAGAAAUGGCUGUUAUUCAGGAUCUGUUGACAUUCAGGGAUGUGGCCAUAGAAUUCUCUCGAGAGGAGUGGGAAUGCCUGGACCCUGCUCAGAGGACUCUGUACAGGGAGGUGAUGUUGGAGAACUAUAGGAACCUGAUCUCCCUGGGAAUCUCUCCUUUUGAACUGAGUAUUGUCUCUGUGUUGGAGCAAGGAGCAGAACCCUGGAAUGUGGAUGGCCAAGUGAAAGUAUCUAGAAAUCCAAGUCAGUGGAAAUAUAUCAAAGCUGUAAACACAGAUAACCCUCCUAAAUGUGUCAUCAAGGAAUUUCCACAAGAAAGGAAAAGUGCUACAAGAGAAAUGUUACAAACAGUAAUUUCAGAAAGUUGUAAAAUCCAUGACACUGAAGAAUUGUGCUUCAAAGAAAUCCAGAAAAAUACACAUGACAUUCAUUGUCACUGCAGAGAGGAUGAAAGACUUGACACAGGAUUCUGUUUGACUCACAAGGAACAUCUCUCUGAUAAAAGACAUGAACAUGGUAGAAAGGAUACAGGAAAGGAAUAUAUUAAAAAUCGGCUUGAAUUAAGCUUUCAGUCACAUCUGCCUGAACUGCAGCUAUAUGCAAGAGAAAGAAACAUUUUUGAAUGGAAUUACAUUAAACAGUCUGUCAACAAUGAUUCCAGAGUUUCUUCCCAUAAGAAAAAUAAUUUUAGUGUUAUAACAAAUUUUUCUCAUAAACAUGAAAAAGAUUUUUUUAAUUCUUUAUUUUUCACAGAAGAACAGGACAUGUACAUUAGUACAAAACCUUCCAGAUGGAAUUCCUGCAGCAAAUCUUUUAAUCAAGCCCCACACUUUACUAUGCAUCAAACAGUCUGUGCUAGAGAGGAGCAAUUUACAUGUGGUCUAUAUAGCAAAGCCUUCAAUCAGAAAUCAAAUCUUGUAAGUCACCAGAGAACUCAUACAGGUGAGAAACAAUAUAAGUGUAAUGAAUGUGGAAAAGUUUGCAAUCAUAUUUCUCACCUUGCACAACAUCAGCAAAUUCAUACUGGAGAAAAACCUUUCAAAUAUAAUACAUGUGGCAAAGUGUUCAGCCAUAAAUCAGACCUAGAAAAUCAUCAGAAAAUCCGCAUUGGGGAGAAACAACACAAAUGUAAUGUAUGUGGCAAAGUCUUCAAAAGGAUUGCACACCUUGCAAAUCAUCAUAGAAUUCACACUGGAGAGAAACCAUACAAAUGUAAUGAAUGUGGAAAAGUAUUCCAUCAGAUUUCACACCUUGCCCGACAUCGAACAGUUCACACUGGAGAGAAGCCUUUCAAAUGUAAUGAAUGUGGCAAGGUCUUUAGUCGCAAUUCCUACCUUGCACAACAUUUGAUAAUUCAUACUGGAGAAAAACCUUAUAAAUGUAAUGAAUGUGGCAAAGUCUUCAACCAUAUUUCACACCUUGCACAGCAUCGUAGAAUUCAUACUGGGGAGAAACCUUACAAAUGUAGUGAAUGUGGCAAUGUUUUUAGUCACAAGUCUUCCCUAGCAAAUCAUCAAAGACUCCAUACUGGAGAGAAACCUUACAAAUGUAAAGAAUGUGGUAAAGGGUUUAGCCGUAAGUCAUAUCUUGCAGAACAUUUGCUAUUUCAUAGUGGAAAGAAACCUUUCAAAUGUAAUGAAUGUGACAAGGUGUUCAGUCGCAAUUCCCACCUUGUAUGUCAUCGUAGAAUUCAUACUGGAGAGAAACCUUACAAAUGUGAUGAAUGUGACAAGGCGUUCAAUCGCAAUUCCCAUCUCAUAUGUCACCGUAGAAUUCAUACUGGAGAGAAACCUUACAAAUGUGAUGAAUGUGGAAAGGUCUUCACUCAAAAUUCAUACCUUGUAUAUCAUCGUAGAGUUCAUACUGGAGAGAAACCUUACAAAUGUAAUGAAUGUGACAAAGUAUUCAGUCUGAACUCAUCUUUAACACGUCAUCAAAAAAUUCAUACUGAAGAGAAACCUUAAAAAUGCAAUGAAUGUGGCAAAGUAUUCAGUCUAAACUCAUCUCUAGCACAUCAUUGGAAAAUUCAUACUUGACCAAAUCCUUUGAAAUGUAAUGAAUGCGCCCAAAUCUUUAGUGAAAUUUGACAGCUUAUAUACCACAACACUCACUGGGAAGGGAAAUCUUACAAGAUUAAUGAGUGUAGCAAAGCUGUUAGUAUGUGCUUAAGCCUAACUAAGCAUGUAGGCCAUACCAAAAAAAAAAAAAAAACUCAAGGACAUCUCUGAUGAUUCUUAACUUGGAAUGUAAUGGAGAAUUUCAUCCCGGAGAGAAAGCUGACAAAUGAGGCUGGAGUCAUUAAUGUUUGAACCUUACAAAGCUUUGAAAAGUUCCUGCUGGAAAGAUAAUUUUCAUGUGUAAUUAUACAGACUUUGAGUUACUUAACACAUAAUUAAUUGUAAGCUAAAACCUUACCAAUGUAACAAUGCCUUAAGGUGAAAAUCUGACAUUAGUAUUCACCAAAAAAUUCAAAGUGGAAAGAAACCUCACAAAUGGAGUGAGAGUCGCAAAUACAUGAGUAGCAGUAAAGCCUCAGUACACAUCACAAAAUACAUCCUAGAUAAAGUCCUUAAAAGAGUGUAAUCUGUUUGGCAAACCCUAUUUCCAGUGCUCACACCUGAGUACACAUAAUCAUCCUGGAGAGAAGCCAUAGCAAUGUAACAAAUGUGCACAUUCACAGCCUGCAUAACACUGGACAAUUUGUACAUGACUGAUAUUUCACAGAUGCAGUAGAGUGACAAAACCUUCAUGAUGAGUUCAAUAACCAGUAUCUCAAUCCAUACUAAAGAGUGACAGUUAAAAAUACCAUAAUGCAUAUGCAACAGAGACCUUCAGGCUUCAAAAUUCAGUAGGUACCAAAUGAUAUCUUUUGACGAAGCCACACAAAGGUAAAGGGCAUAUUAAGGCUUUUAUCCAAGCAUCAAAACUAUAGAAUAGUUGAACUGGCGAGCAGCCUUACAGAUAUAUGUGUAGUGAACCUUGUCAAAUAUUUAUUUUGUUGUCAUAAAAGGGUUUGUUCUGGAGUGAAACCAGACAAACACUGUGAAGCCUGCCUGUAAUUCCAGGUCUUGGAAAACUUAGGAGGGUAGCCACUACUUUGAGGACAGCCUGAACUGACCCUUUCAAAGUGAACAAAAAGUUCAUUUUUCAAGGCUAUCUCCUCAGGAUUCGCCAAUGAAUUAGUACUACAAAGAACUACAAGUAUAAUGCUAUGGUAAAUUAUUUAACUGAUUCUCAAUGUUCUCCAUAUCACAGCAUUUGUAUGAAGAAUAGAUCUAGCCAAGAUGAAACGUCUCUUGCAUACUACAGAAUAAUUACAAGUUAAACUAUAUUAACAUUCAUGAUGCAUGUCUAAGAUGGAAGGAUAUUUGUAAAUGGCUAAAUAUUUCUAUUAUUCAUUCCUCAGACUUUUGGGGGGAAGGACUAUAUUUGGAUUUUAAUCCAACCUUUGAAACCUGUUAAAAAACUUUUCUUACAAGCUUUUCAUAGUUGUGUUUACGAAGGCAUCAGUAAAAUAAAGGUCUUACCUCAUAAAGUGAGGAAGGGUGUCCAUGUUCCUUUGGAACAAGGACACUGCCUUUUAAACUUAUGAUUUACAUUAAAGAGUAUUUGGGCCUGA